GAGCCGGCUGGUUUACAAAUGGCGUCCCCCAGCCGGUGAGGUGAUCACAGCAGGAGAAGCGGCAUCAGGUGAGGUCCCAGAGGACUGGCGAGUGGCUAAUGUUGUUCAAGAAGGGAAAUAGGGAUAAUCCUGGAAACUAUUGACCGAAGGAAUCAUGUCCCCGAAAGUCACAACAGAGCUGUUGAAGCAGCUGAGGCAGGUGAUGAAGCACAGGAGUGAACCAAUCCAAGCCCUGAUUGUCCCUUCAGGAGACAACCAUCAGAGUGAAUACAUUGCUCCGUGUGACUGUCGGCGUGAGUUUCUUUCAGGUUUUGAUGGUUCUGCAGGUACUGCAAUUGUAACAGAGGAGCAUGCAGCCAUGUGGACUGAUGGGCGUUACUUUCUUCAGGCUGCCCAGCAAAUGGAUAAAAACUGGACCCUAAUGAAAUUGGGUUUAAAGAGCACACCUAGCCAGGAAGAUUGGCUGAUAAAGGUAUUACCUGAAGGGUCAAAGGUUGGUGUGGAUCCUUUUAUUAUUGCAUAUGACCAAUGGAAAAGUUUGUCUAAAGCACUGAAGAAUGCAGGUCAUAUUCUUCUGCCUGUCAAAGAAAAUCUUGUUGAUAUGAUUUGGAAGGAUCAACCAAGCCGACCUUGUAAACCCUUAUUGGUUAUGGAUUUGAGUUAUACUGGUAUGUCAUGGCAAGACAAAAUUGUGCAACAACGUGCAAAGAUGGCAGAGAAAAAUGCCAGUUGGCUGGUGAUCACAGCUCUUGAUGAAGUUGCAUGGCUGUUCAACCUCCGUGGCUCUGAUAUAGUAUACAAUCCUGUCUUCUUCGCCUUUGCUAUCAUUGGUCUAAACUCCAUUAGACUAUUCAUUAAUGAGAAGCACAUGGAAGACUCUGUUGUGCGAGGGCACUUGCAGCUUGAUUCCAAUACGGCACCUGACUUCAAAGUACACGUACUCCCGUAUGAAUCUGUUCUGAGUGAACUGCGGACUAUUUGUUCCAAUAUGAAUUCCAAGGAAAAGGUCUGGAUCAGUAGCAAAGCCAGCCAUGCUCUUACAGAAGCCAUCCCAAAGAUGCUAAGGCUGCAGACAGUUUACACCCCAGUCUGCAUUGCGAAAGCUAUGAAGAAUCCAACCGAGAUUGAAGGCAUGAGGCAAGCCCAUAUCAAAGAUGCUGUGGCUCUCUGUGAGGUGUUUGCCUGGCUUGAGAAGGAGGUUCCAAAAGGCAAUAUAACCGAACUGGAUGCUUCAGACAAAGUUGCAGAAUUACGUAGCCAGCAAGAGAAAUUUGUAGGCUUGAGCUUUUCCAGCAUCUCCAGCAGUGGUCCAAACAGUGCAAUAAUUCACUACAGGCCUACCCCAAGCACAAACAGAACUUUAUCAUUAAAUGAAAUCUAUCUUUUGGAUUCUGGUGCCCAGUACAGGGAUGGAACUACGGAUGUCACGCGCACAAUGCAUUUUGGCACUCCCACUGAGUUUGAGAAGGAGUGCUUCACUUAUGUGUUAAAGGGACACAUCUGUCUGGCUGCAGCAAUUUUCCCAAGCGGCACCAAAGGGCAUCUCCUCGACUCAUUUGCAAGAGGCAGCCUUUGGGAUCAUGGUUUAGAUUAUCUUCACGGCACCGGACACGGAGUUGGAUCUUUCCUGAAUGUCCACGAAGGGCCUUGUAGUAUUAGUUAUAAAACGUUUGCUGAUGAACCGCUUGAGGCUGGAAUGAUCCUGAGUGAUGAGCCUGGCUAUUAUGAAGAUGGUAGUUUUGGAAUACGGAUCGAAAGUAUAUUCCUUGUAGUUCCCGCACAAACCAAGUACCGAUUUCUGAACAGAGAGAGCCUGAGCUUUGAAGCAUUGACUCUUGUCCCAAUUCAAACCAAAAUGGUGAAUGUCGAGAUGCUUACUGAAAAAGAGCGUGAUUGGCUCAACCACUACCACCGGUCAUGCAGAGAGGUGAUUGGAGCGGAACUGGAGAAACAGGGAAAACUGGAAACAUUGCAAUGGCUCAUAAAGGAAACCGAACCAGUCAGCUGAUGGGCCGAAUGAAGUUUGCAAAAGAAAACCUAUUCGUUUAUCAUGCGCACUUCUCUCAUUAUGACCCACUGUAAAUGUAUUCGGCAGAUAAUUCACCAUUGUAAUACACUUUCGGAAACUAAAAUGAUGUCUCCUUCAAAGUUAUUAUGUAAUUCUUACAAAUAAAAUAUUUCAUGCUUCUAA